UCGCGCGAUCUGCAAUUAAGAGAAGAGCCAUCUCUGAUACCUAUUUCGCGUUCAUUUGAGCUGGUGAUUUGACGCACUCAUCUGUACCAUCAAAUUAAAAAAAAAGUUGUUGGGAAAUUCCUGUGUGUGGGCGCACUCAAUGCAUAGAUAAGUUUCUGCGUUUCUUGAUUGGCAGAACAAUGAAUCCAAUAACAGCAGUUUCCACUGUAGUAUCGGCAGCAGCAGCAGUGGUGCAGGCUGUGUCCCAGGCAAAGACAGUAUUUUGGGGUUCACACUUGAGCAAACUCGUCCUCACAGACAAUGCAGAGGACAAUGCUUGCAUUAUAAAUGAUGCAUUUGCUGUGCUUCUUUCUCAUGUUAAGGAUAGUAAUAAGAUGGAGUCAUCUGAAACUUGCAAGGAAUGGAUUAGCCAGGUGAAGGAUUUUGCAGCUGAAUAUGACAAAAGAAGUAAAGAGUCAUCUUUUUGGUCUCCUUCAAGUUCGGAUUACAUAGAACAGAGAAGAAAUGUGUUAGAAAAAAUAAAGAAACUUAUGCAAAAGAAAUAUGAAAUGAUGGUUGAUUCAUCACCAGAACGCGUUGUGAAAAGCAGCAGGGUACCAGAUAUCAGCAGAUUUAGAACACUUCAAGAGCCACUAGAGCAGACACUGGUUUUGCUGGAACAUGACAAGAUUAAGAGUAUUUGUAUCCACGGGACAGUGGGGAUUGGGAAAACAACCAUAAUGCGCAACUUGAAUAACCAUGAACAAGUUGCCAAAAAGUUUGACAUAGUCAUCUGGCUCAAAGUAUCAAAAGAGGAGAGCGAGGAAAAUUUGAGCAGGGAGCAUCUGCAACAGGAUAUUGUGCAAAGACUGAAACUAAACAUCGGAGACACCAGUAAUGCCCGCGAAGUUGCCAAAAAAAUAUCAAUGGAGUUGGAGCACAAGAGGUACUUGCUGCUUUUAGAUGACGUCAAGGAUUGUCUUGAUUUAAGUGAGAUUGGGAUUCCUGAAAGCAACAAUUGCAGCAAGAUAGUAUUGACAACUAGGGUGCUGGAUGAUUGUUCCGAAAUGGUGGACAGGGAGAUUAAGGUGAAAUGUCUAUCUCGAGUUGAGGCAUGGCAGAUGUUUCAAGAUGUUUUGAGACAGACAGAACUUAUUGAAGAUAAAAAAACCAAGCAAAUUGCAGAGCAACUGUGCAAAGAUUGCGGUGGACUUCCACUCGUGAUAGAAAAAGUAGCAAAUACUUUCAAAUGGAAGGCCAAGGAUGACCUUUGGGUUGAUGGAUUGAAUAGUUGGAGGGGUUGGGUCAAAAGAGAAUGCGAAGGCAUUAGGGAAUUAUAUGAAUUGUUGAAGCAAUUUUGUUAUGAUAACUUGGAUGAUGACCAGUGUAAGAAUUGUUUUCUUUAUGGUGCAUUAUAUCCGGAAGACACAGACAUCAACAAAAAUGAUUUGUUAGAGUGUUGGGAAGCAAACAAUCUCCUUUUCGACGGAAAUAGCACAACAAAUGGGAAUUCAAUAUUGGAUUAUCUUCAUAAGUUGUCAAUACUCGAGGAAGGCAAGAGUAUGGAUCAUGUUAAAAUGGAUAAAUUCAUCCGACAAGUGGCUGUGUAUGUAACAGAAGAUUAUCCUGAACAUAGACAUCUCGUGAAAGCGAGCAAAGCAUUAAAACAGUCUCCAGAUGUGAAAUUUUGGGGUGAGAUGAAUAGAAUCUCCUUGGGUGACAAUAAGUUGGACCAGUUACCAGAUUCCCCUGAUUGUCCCACGCUUUCUACACUCUUCCUGCAGAAGAAUUUGUGUCUGGAGAGAAUCCCUGAUUUGUUCUUUAAAAAUAUGAAAAAGCUUGGAGUUUUGGAUUUAUCUCAUACUGGACUCAUUUUGUUACCACCAUCUAUAUCAAGUUUGGACAGUCUCAAAAUUCUAUACCUAGUUGAUUGCAAAAAUUUGAGGAACCUCCCUUCUGACAUUGAUGGACUUAAGCAACUUGAAACACUUGAUAUUCGGGGGAAUGCAUUCAAUAAUAUACCACUUCAAAUUGAAAAGUUGAGUUGUCUGAGGCGCUUGCGAGUAUCCUUUACUAAGUCUGGAAAUGAAAGUGUACAUUUGAACUACGACAUAAUUUCAAAACUUCCUAAAUUGGAAGAACUGAUUAUUGAUGUGAAUUCAGUUGAGGAGUUGCCCAAUGAGAUGGUAGAUAAUAUCAUAAAAGAAGUAGCAACAUUGCAACAAUUUAAGAGUCUAAAGAUUUGUUUAUCCAAAAAGGUUGCAGUUGUCUUAGAGGUUAAAUCUAGUAGAUCUCUCCAUAUAUGUAGUCCUGAAACUGCAUUUGCUCUAUAUUUGACGACAAAUAGUUCAUGGAGAGAUGCCAUCAGUGCAUUUGAAUUUUACAUUGGUUGCCAAAACUCCGAAGUUUCUCAAUUUCCCAAAUUUUUGAAAUAUGAUAAGUAUAUCAAAUAUUGCAAUGGUGCAAGUAGCAGUUUUCCAUUUCCUGAGGCCCUUGCUAAAGCAGAUGCACUCGAAUUAGUCAAUCACAAGGACAUCAAGCAGCUAUCAGACUUUGGGGUUGCAAGCAUGAACAUGGUCCAAGGUUGUCUAAUUGAAAGGUGUGAUGCAAUUGAAACCAUCGUGGGUGACGGUGCAGUAUUACCAAAAGUAGAGCACUUAUUUCUGAAAAAUCUGCCAAAGCUGGAAAGCAUUUGGAAGGGCCCAGGCCUAACCAAAUUAACGACUCUAGUUCUGAUUAGUUGUCAAAUGCUGGUCAAGAUUUUUCCUGCUGGUGUGAUUCAACAACUUCAUGAAGUCCAGUAUUUGAAAAUUGAUAAGUGCCAAAAAAUUGAAGAAAUAAUUGCAGAAUCUGAUGCUGUUAGAAAUCUGAACGUACUGCCAAAGCUGAAGGAAUUGAUUCUCCUUGACAUGCGAAAAUUAAGAAGUGUCUGCGCUAUCGAGUCACUGGAGUGGGGAUCCUUGGAGAAGAUUGAGAUUUUAAAGUGUCCUAUUUUGCUUAAAUUGCCUUUCAACAAAGAUAACGCAGCAAAGCUAGAAACUAUUGAAGCAGAGCAGAUGGUGGGAAAAAUUGCAGUGGCAGAAUGAUGAGGUCAAAGAACGUCUUCAAAAAUUAUGUACCCUCAGUUCAUAGAUCUCGCAGUGAUGCUGCUCUCUGAAGAUGGUCGUAUGGGCUUUCGAAAUUUAGCAGCACUGGAUCCUUUCCGCCUUCUUUUGCCAAAAUAGUUCAGAGGUCCCAUUGGCAUGGAGCUUCCAAGUUAGUUUGGAUGCAAUGGUGUUGUUGUUGUUGUUGUUGAGUGCUUCUUUUGUUUGUGUUUGUUUGUUUCUUGUUGUUGUUGUUAAGUGCUUCUUUUGUAUGUGUGUUUGUUCCUCCUUGUUUGUGGUCUUGUCUACGCUGCCGUAAUUUUACACGUAUAUAUUCGUAUUUGAAAACAACAGACCUACUAUUUUCUAUUUUAUUUGAUGUACUACAGAACAAGACUGUCACCAAUAUGUGGUCUUUUAUCUAGUACACUUGUUCUUGUUCUCUA